GCUCACGAGCUGCGUGGUUCUUUGUCUCUGAAUGGUCGGUCGCGGCAUUUUUCUGGGCAGAAUUGGUGUAUGGCUGCCGCAUAUAGACCAAUUCGGGAGAUGCUGGAUGCAGAGUCCAAGGCAAGGGAAGACGAGAAGGCAAAGCCGUCCGCUGCCGAAGGCCCCAAGGGCGAGACGAAGGACAGCAACGCAUCGCCUGCUGAGAUGUCAGCAAAGCUGGAAACAGACAGAGGGGCAAGAGAGUCUCCGGCGGAGAAAACAGUGGCGGCAGCAGAGGAAGGAGGCGGAGCUCCUACAGCAGCAGCUGCAGCCGCUGCCGCCGAGAGCAGCAUUUCAAGCAAAGGUGGAGAUCACCUAUCUCCUGACAUUGUCAAACAUAUCAGCUCUAAAGAAACAGUCGAUGCGACGCCGACUGCGAUGGAAGGAGCAGCGGACGCUGGCAGAGUGAAAGCAGAUGCAAAUGGGAGUCAAGUUACGGAGAAAAAAACACAAGCAAAAGAUACAACCCAGAGUAGCAGCGGCAUCAAGAAGUCGGAGAUCUCCGUAGUCCAGUCGACACCGUCUUCUUCGUCGGCACACACAGCCAGGGCCCAGUACCCAAGGGCUCUAAGCAUGGACGACAUGAGGAAUGCGAAAAAAGAGGUGUGUGCAAGCGUAGCGAGCGGCACAGGGAUCAUGAAAGAGCUGGAAGAAUGGAACGAGCAGUACGGAGAAGGCGGCUCCGGCAAAAAGAAGGAACAGUUAACCUACUUCAUGUAGAGAGCAUGUGCGUUUCUCUGUGAGAUAAGGUGUGCUAUGCAUGUACUAUGUGGUGUGCAUGUCUCUGUAGAUAUGUCCUGUAUGAAUGUACUAUGUGCAGCUGGUGGCGGCCACUCGUCAGAGAGCUGUGCAUCUCUUGUACAUGUGCGUGUCUGAAAUUGUGGACAAGUACAAUGUACUAUGUAGUACUAUGUGCUUGUCUGUGUAUAUGUUGAGCUAUGCAGGUACCAUGCGCUCUUGUCUAUAUGUCCCAUGUACUUAUCAAGUUAUCUGUCCUUUGUGCAUGUGCAUGUGUAAGACUGUGUACGAGUACAUAGUACAUCCUUGCCUCUAUGUACUAUGUGCACAUCGUCUCUUCGUAUUCAUUGUGUUUUUUUGUGCCAUUUGGAGCUCUCCUCGGUCGCAUGUGCUUCUGUAUGCAACCCUGAACCAUUUUUUGUUGUCAAACACAGAAUUCCAUUUUUGUUGUCAAACGCAGAAUUACUGCACGUCACUUCUCAUGUUGAAAUAAACUGCUGCGUAUACU